UCUACCAUGCAAAAAUCAAACAUCAAAAUAAUAAAAACAUGAAUUCAACGUUACCCUUUUCCUUUUUCAUUCGUCCUUCAUCAUGAUCUCUAAUCCGCGAGUUUGCCACGUUUUGACCACUUAUCUUUUAAGGUUUAUAAAUUCCUAGUACUAGUAAUAACUUUCUUUUUAUAGGUCACAUUCAAACAAGUCACUAUUAUUUGUAGGUUGUACUCGUACAAAAAAUUUACUUAUAUGGCUGACAAACCUGAAUCCAGCAACGUAACCAAACAACUAAAUCAACCACCUUCACUCCCUCAAUUGCCAUUACAAACGGACCCUUAUUAUCAACCACCACUACCACCACCACCACCCCCGCACCCCGCCAUCGGGGGUUCAUCGAUGUUUUCGGUUUCGCCACCAAAAUUCAUCGGGUCCCCUACCGGAAAACACCCAUUGUACCGUGGAAUACGGCCUCGGGGAGGUAAAUGGGUGUCCGAGAUCAGGGAACCCAAAAAGACUACUAGAAUAUGGCUAGGUACAUGGGCUACAGCUGAAAUGGCCGCGGCUGCCUAUGAUGCCGCGGCCCUUGCCUUGAAGGGUACCGAGGCAAUCUUGAACUUCCCUCAAGAUGCGCUUCGGUACCCGGUCCCACCCUCUUCAUCAGCCGCGGAUAUCAGGAAAGCCGCGGCUACAGCCGCAGCCAUGAAGCAGGAUAAAGAAAAGAAUAGUAGUACUACUACUAAUGCUGAUGAUUUGGGAUUGGAAAGAGUUGGAAAACAAGGGGCGGAAGAAGAAUUCAUAGACAUUGAAGCAUUCUUCAAUAUGCCUAACUUGCUUGUUGAUAUGGCAGGAGGAAUGAUGGUUAGCCCGCCUCGAAUGAGCUCCACCGAUGACCGCGACUCGCCUGAAAAUGAUGAUUGUAUUGGCGAAGCUGGGAGCUUAUGGAGCUAUGAUUGAUUGUACUAUACUACAAUGUAAGUUAUAAGGCCAGCGUUGCCUUGUUGUUGGUCUGUUUUUGACUAUUUUUCCAACUCCUAUAAGUGGCAGAGUGUUCUUGCUGCCUGCUGGCAUAGUAUAUUAUUAACUCAGCUACUACUCGUUGCUGACACGGCAAUUUAAGCAGAUUUUCUUACCAA